CACUUUUCGUUUUCUAAAACGACGAGCAUCAAAAUGGCUGCGAAAGGAAAAGGCAAAACACAGGAGCAAAUAGUUGCUGGUUUUCAGGAAUUAAGACAACAACAAAGAGCUGUUGCUGGCAAAAUAUCAGAGCUUAAUGUAGAUUUAAAGGAACACGAAAUAGUUAUAGAUACAUUAAAAGAAACAGAAUCCAGUAGAAAAUGUUUUAGAAUGGUAGGAGGCGUGUUAGUAGAACAUACAGUUGAAGGUGUAUUACCUGCUUUAACUAAUCAUAAAGAACAGUUAAAUAAGAUGGUAGAAACUUUAACGAAACAGUUGGAGACAAAAGGAAUAGAAAUAAAUAAAUAUAGAGAAGAAUAUAAUUUACAAAUAAAAGGAGAAGAUUCUAGGGGACAAGAUAAACAAGAAAAAGAUGUAAAAACUACUGGAGGUGUGUUAGUGGCAUAGGAGACAUAGCCAACUAUUCACUUGAUUGUUCUAUUUAUUGGUACAUUUUCUUAUGUUUGUACAAAAGAUCUAAGACAGUGCUAAAUAUUCUUAACAAAUUAGUGUAUUAUGAAGUGAAAAUGUGUUCAAUGCAUAAUUACUGUCAUGACUGUAGCUUUUUCUCUCACAUCGUUUAUUUUUCAUUUGAACCAAAAAAAUCUUCUUUACUUAUAAUGUUCAUUUUAUUAUCAAAGAACAAAUUCAUUUUAUCAUGUGUGUCUCAAAAGCUCCCAGAAUUGAAUUGUUCAUCUGAGUUUAACAAUUAACCAAGCAUUUAAAGACACCAUUGAAAGUUAAUUACCCUAUUUAUGACCACUAUAAAUAUGUUCCCUUGGCCUUUACUUUUUAAACAGGGUUCAAAUGUUAUUAUGUAUCUGCACUAGACUGAUACAAGUGUUUUGUAAACUGUGUGCAAUGAUCUUGACACAAUUUCUGUCAAUCAAUAAAGAACAAUAUUGUAUAAGAAACUUUGUAAAAUAUUUCCUUGGGACUUCUUCAUAGCUUGCAUAGUUUUGCAAAUUUAAGACUUUGAAAGUACUAUAAUGUUUAUUGAUGGAUCAAAAAUGUAAUAUUAAAAGUUAUGCUUUUGCAUUGAAAGGUGUUUCCUAAAUUUUGACAGAUGAGUAUUUGUCUCUAUUGACAUAUGGAAUUUAAGUGUCAAUGCAAUGAAUAAUCUCACAAUCUUGUUAUUUAGGUUUUGAAAGAACAAAAAAUAUUAAUCUUUGAUAUUUCAUCAUUAACCAGAAGUGCAAGAUCUUUAAAACAAAUGCAAUAGAAAGUCUUUGAUCUCCCACAAGUAACAUUCAUAACGGAUUAAUGUAAAAAAAAAGAAAAGAGUAAAAAUAUAAACUAUCCAAAAAAUUUGCAUUACAAAGCUUGCAUUUGUUUCAUUUUGUACCUAUGCUAUUUUGUUAUUUUGAAAUACAAUUUAUUGUGAAUGUGUUUUGUAUGAUACAUUAAUAAAUCUAUAUCAUUUUUUA